UGUAGCGGAAAUCAAUUACAUAGAAAUAGAAAUAUUACAUGUAAAGUGUGUUGUGAACAGGAAGGUCGUCAAUACACAUAACACAUAUUUAUGUACUGGAAUUGAUAGCAAAAAGUGUACAAAGAGAUUCUCUGAUACAGACGAAAAACAUAUUAAUCUAACUCAAGUGAAUGCUUUAGAUGUCAAUGAAAUGACCGAUACAACGCUAACAUUCAUCAACCAAUCAACGGUAGGAACAAGUACUGAACCUACGACCAAUCAAUGGGACAUAUGGAAACAGAUAAUGGACUUUCUCGCAGCACACCACGAUAUCUUCAUAAAGACUGGGAUAGGAAUGGGAGGAUUCCUGUUUGGAAUAAUUCUGAUGUGGAUUGUUUUCAAAUGCAAGGAGCGGAAGAAGACAGACGCAGUUUUCUCUCUGAUUUAUCAUAGAGUGUCCAGAACCAAAAACAACGGUGUGCCUAACAAUGGACGGACGUCCACCGAAAUGGACACUCUACUGAGACAGUAUAUCAGUGAUACCAAAACAAUGAACCAGCAGUGGCAGGAAGCAACAUCCGGAACAUACAAUCCCGAGCAGCAAAUGUCGUCAACAGUUGAUGACGCCAUGCCUAUGUCACAAAUACAUGGCGCGCAGUGCAACCACGAUGCGAGCUGUCCCACAAUCGAUGUACCAGCCUUUGAAUACACUAACAGUGCUUUGGCGCAAGAGUACAUGGCCACGGACACUCAUGGUGUCGAAGAGAGCACAGUGAAAAGCGAAAAUUACUUUCUUCUAGAAAAAAACUUUAUUGAGACGAACGAACAUCCAAAUGGGUCAGCUAUUGGUGGAUCAGAUAAUUACUUUUUGUUGGAUAAAGAAUACAUCGGUGCAGAAUCACAGGACCAGGUCCAUAUUUCUAUGUUGUGAUUUGAAACCCAAGUCACAUAUGCAUGGAUUUGUGUUAAUGAUUAGAGUAUUCAGCCAUGCAUAACAGAUUUCUCGAAGGCUAUCAUAAAUAUCUUUAUAUAUUAUCACUUGUAUAACCAAAACGUGGGUUGUCUUAUUGAUAGAGUAAGUUUCUGUCAUUUUUGUAUAUAUGUAUAGCAUUGAAUAGUAUGAUUCCUAUGACUUCAAAUCACGAUAUCUAUGAGUUUUAAAAAUAUAAUACGAAACGCUGAUUUCCAUCUGAAGCUACUGUAAGGUAUAUUCUGAUCUAAAGAAUUACUAUGAUAACAACAUCAGAAAUAAGAGUUACAUGUAGAAUUAUCCUCUGUUGAAAUAUAGACUGCAUCCUGCCAUGUACAAUAAAAGCAUGAAAAAGA